GGACACACGGCGGAAAAACACCUGAGCUGAGCGACAUGGCUGAAGUCGAGGACACUUUAAAGAGGAUUCAGGCUCAACAUGGUGUUAUUGGGACAAUAGUGGUUAACGGAGAAGGCAUCCCCAUCAGAACAACGCUGGACAACUCGACGUCAGUUCAGUACGCAGGUCUGCUGCAUCAGCUCACCAUGAAGGCCAGGAGUGCAGUUCGAGACAUCGACCCGCAGAACGAGCUCACAUUCCUGCGCAUCAGAUCCAAGAAACACGAGAUCAUGGUGGCUCCAGAUAAAGAAUACCUGCUGAUCGCCAUCCAGAACCCCAGUGAAUAAACAACACCUCCAAUGAAGACAAAGAGAAUGCUGGAGCGCUGUUAGAUGUGGAGGAUCACACAUUGUUGAUAUUAUUACUAUUAUUCAAAUUCUUGCUGUUAUUUGUUUACUUUUACUAUUAUUGUUCUUGAUACUCUUUCUGUUUCUAUUAUUAAUCUGUUAUAAAUAAGACAUUCAUUAAUAUUAAUAGUAAUAACUCUCUCUAUGUGCGUGUGUGUGUGUGAGGCCAAGAAAAUAUUCACAGUAUUUCCUGUAAUUCCUUUUUCUCAUUUAGUUUGGCUGGAAUAAAAAAAGUUUUUAAAUUUUAUGAAACUAUUUUAAACAAUAUUAUACACUAAUUUCAUGCGGCCGCCAUUUUAAAAAACAAAAGUGAGGCUGCGGUGGGAAGAAAUUCAGAAGUAUAGGAUCAUGCUGUGGACUACAAACCUCAUGCUGUUGCCUCGAUUUCAGAAUGCAGAUAUGGUGUAAACAUCAAUUUAAUAACAUUCAUUUAAGUUUAAUUUAAACAAUUAAAAGCAGAUUAGACAGCAAACAAAAUCACAAUCUAUUUAAGAGUAAUACGCUGAAGUUUCCUCCUAGGCUUCAGUUCAUGGCAUCAGGUAAACACCGUGGGGAUGCUUCCCUGCUUCAGCCUAUGUAACCCACUGAGCGAUAAAACAAUGCAGUCCUCUGAAUAUCCUUGUGUUGUCUGUAAUAGUGUUGUUCCGGUACAAAAUUUUUUAAAAACUUCCAUUUUCCACUAAC